GUGACGCGGAGCCAGCCGCUCCGGUGCCCUCGGGCCGACGGCGUACUGAGCACGCUUGUGCAGGGUGAGCGCGGCGUGGCGGCGGCGAGGCACCGGCAGUGUAGCGCUGUGCGUGGCGGCGUGCCCCGGAGGGCGGACGGUCGGCACCGACAUGAACUUGACCGAGGCCUGGCGCGACUUCCUGGCCGGCUGGGCGGGUGGCUCUCUGGGUAUUCUGUGCGGCCACCCGCUCGACACGGUCAAAGUGCGCCAGCAGGCGCUGCUCGUGUCGCCGCUGCAGUGUCUGCGCAUCACGCUGCGUCACGAGGGCGCGCGCGGCCUGUUCAAGGGCCUCGCUUUUCCAAUGGCAUCGGCUGGCGCCGUCAAUGCCGUCUUCUUCGGCGUCUACUAUAACUGUCUGCGAUGGCUGGGCGACGGCGCGGCGUCGGCGUCAGCGCCACUGUUGCACGUUUGGGCCGCGGGAAGCGUGGGCGGAGUGGUGCAGCUGGCGGUGGCAGUGCCGGUGGAGGUGGUAAAGAUCCAGCUGCAGACGCGCACCGGCGCCGGCGGCGCUUGGGCGCGCCACUACCAGACCCCGGCUGGCGGUCCACUCGGCUGCCUGGCCGAGCUGUACCGGCGCCGCGGCCCGGCCGGCUGCUACCGCGGCCUCCACGUCCAGCUACUGCGCGACGUGCCGGCCAGUGGCGCCUACUUCGUGCUGUACGAGGCGCUGUCGCGCUGGGCGCGUGAGCGCCGCCUACCGCCGGCGCCCAGUGUGCUGCUGGCCGGCGGCGCGGCAGGCCUGCUCUCCUGGACGCUGAUCCUGCCGCUGGAUGUGCUCAAAAGCCGCAUCCAGGCAGACUGCCCCGACCGGCCACAAUUCCGUGGUGUGCUCCACUGCGCGCAAAUCACCGUGCUGCGCGACGGCCCGGCGGCGCUGCUGCGCGGCUUCACCGCCAUGAGCGUGCGUGGCUUCGUCGUCAACGCCGCCACUUUCUUCGGCUACGAAUACGCUAUGGUCGGCAUCCGGUGGCUCUUGUAGGCGGCCUACAGGAAGCGCGCCCGACGGCCGAUGGCCAGGGAGAAAGGGGAAGGGUUCACAGCCGUGAGAUCCUCAUACUACCGACCUCCAGCUCUCGUGGUUUGUUUGACCAGCGCGAUUCGUUGCUAUUACGUUGCUAUUACGUUUAUAUUCCGGCUUUGUGACAUGCAAACGCGCAGGCUUGCGAUGCUACUGUCACGCUUCCGUUAAUCGCGUCCAUCACGACCGCUAAGAACUGCGCAGGA